AUGCCACAAAAUCCCUACUUUCCAUCCGGCAGACUGACCCUACGACAACAAAUCGCCUUUCCACAAAUUGUCUCGCCUGGAACGGAUAGUCCUGAUCCGAGACAAGGUUGGUUUAUGAAAUAG